AUGCGCCCGUCAUCCGCGCUUUUCUUCGCCUUCGCGGCCUCGGCCGUUGCACAGGACCAGAUUCCGCUGCUCGACAAGUUGAAGGGAUUCCUCAACCAAGCAACUGCCGCCAUCUCGUCAGCAGUGCCCGCUGCCCCUUCAAACCCGGUCAAGGCUGCAUCUGGGAAGGUUGCCGAAUCUAUCCAACAUGAGCUGACUCUGGAGAACUGGAAGGAUGUGUUGACGGUCGACCCCACCGUGAGCACACCGGCAACACAGGACUGGCUGGUUUACAUCACUGGUGGAAACACGACUUGCUUCGGACUGUGCGGCAACACCACCAAGGCCUGGAACGCCUCUCUCCCGCUCCUCGCCGCGAGGCCCAACGCGCCCAAGUUUGCCAUCGUCGACUGUGAUAAGGAGCAGCUCCUCUGUAACUCGUGGUCCGUCGGCCCGCCGUCUCUGUACUACUUCCAGAUUCCCAAGCCCCUGGCCGAUCAGUCCGCUCCCGCGACCACCGUUCGCUUCCUUCCCCUGAACCGCACCUCCACAACAACCGAGACCUUUAAGAAGCUUUUCGUGGAUGGCGAAUACGAGAAGACUGCUCCGUACGAGGGCUACUUCCACCCCUUCGAUGGCGAGCUCCAGAAGUACGGCCUGGCCAUUCCUCUCGCAUACGUCUUCUGGGGCUUUUCUAAGAUGCCAUCCUGGUUGCCCAUGAUCCUGAUCUCGUUCAUCAGCCGCUCUUUCAUGUGA